AUGUCAGUUCGCACUGGAGAGACCCCCCAUGAGAAAAGUCCCAUGGGGAAUUUUCUCUUCACCCAAGACUCCUUAAUGAGUCGUUUUGUUGUGGAAGUCGUUCCUGUUGCAAGGGUGAAUGUCUGUGGAGGCCAGUGCUGCCAUGGAUGGAGUAAAACUCAGGGAUCGCAGAGGUGCACCAAGCCCAACUGCUUCCCUCCGUGCCAGAAUGGAGGAAUGUGCCUUAGGCCUCAGCUCUGUGUCUGCAAACCGGGCUCAAAGGGGAAGGCAUGUGAACAGACCACGGUGCCGGCACACUCCAAUCCAGUGGUGCCUGGGAGUGAACCCACCAAUGGCCACACUAACAGUCACACAAAUCGAAACAACGUGGUACCACAGAGGCCUAUACCUCAGCAAGUGUCACCAAAUGGUUACACCUCCACUAAUAACCUGGCCCAGAUGAAGUUAACUGUCAAGGCGGCCCCCCAGUUUGUGAGACCCCAUUACAUCCAGCAACAUAUCCAACAGCAAAUCCGACCUGUGCCAAUACACCCUGUACAAAGCCAGCAGUAUGUCAUCAAGCCCAAAUACUACCACACACACACUACACAAACGCAGAUGCAUGUUCAGCCCCAACCUGACCGUCCCAUCCCUCUGACGGUGGGACACAACUCCAUUCAUGCACUGGGGAACCAAACAGGAAGGAUCAAGGUGGUCUUUACACCCACCAUCUGCAAAGUAACCUGCAUAGGAAGCAGAUGUCACAACAACUGUGAGAAGGGAAACACCACCACCAUCAUCAGUGAGAAUGGUCACACCACAGACACGCUGACAGCUCCUAACUUCAGAGUAGUGGUGUGUCACCUGCCGUGUAUUAAUGGUGGUAAAUGUAGUGCCAGGGACAAGUGCCAGUGUCCUCCAAACUUUGCUGGCAAGUUUUGCCAAAUGCCCAUUCACAACGGACACCAGCAGCACCAGUCAUCUGUAGCCCAUGGCCAGGCGCAGAUUCUCUCUACACAUACCCUACCACUUACAUACAGCCAUGGACAGACUCCUGUGUUCAACCCAGGCAUUGUUAACAUCCACAUCAAACACCCUCCAGAAGCCUCGGUUCAGGUUCACCAAGUGUCUCAGCUUGACAGUUACGGCAACAACGGGCAUCAGCAACAAGGGUCCCACUCAGGCUCUUCCUCAUCCAGCAGCUACAUCUAUCACCAUUCUGAAAGCAGCCAGAAGAUUCAGCAGUAUGGGUACAACGUAGUCUAUCCCAACCAGCAUGGCUACAAGGUUCCCGAUUACCAGCCCGUUACCUCCAAGAACACACUGGGUCGCUGCUUCCAGGAAACAGCAGCCGGUCAGUGUGGAAAGGCUUUACCGGGUCUCACCAAGCUGGAGCAGUGCUGUUCAACCAUUGGUACCUCCUGGGGCUUCCACAAAUGCCAGAAGUGUCCAAAUAAACCUUCUAUCCCUCUGAUAGACUGUCCUCUAGGAUACAAGAGAAUCAACAGUUCCCACUGCCGAGCCAACACACCUGCCAUCCAGGAAGAAAAAGGUGCUUGCUUCAGAUUGGUCAGCUCAGCAAAGCAGUGUUUACACCCUGUGUCUGCCCAGCUGAGCAAACAGCUUUGCUGUUGCAGUGUUGGCAAAGCGUGGGGCCCUCGUUGCGACAAAUGCCCCCCUCCAGGAACAGAUAAGUUCAAAGAAAUCUGUCCUGGUGGAAUGGGCUACACUGUUUUACCAAACCCCCCUGUAAACAAGCCAGUGACCGUGUUCCAGGAACCGGUCGACAUAUUACCCCUACAACCCCUGCCAACUCCAGAGAAACCAGUGGAGGCUUUUGGGACACAAGAAGAGAUUAUAUCAGCAAGUCCUACACCGGCUAAGGAGCUGGUUGUUCCUGUUGUUAGCAGUAUGCCAGUCAAUGAACCUGCCCUGCCACAGCUAUCUACCAGUGUGUCCACCAUCAGGAUGAAACCAGCUUACCCAGAAGUUGUAGAGAGGACCUCUCCUCCCAUACCAGUGGAGAUUCUCCCAUCCAACGCAGGCCAGGACAUCGCACCCACUCAGUUAGCUGAGGUGGAUGAGUGCCAGAUCAACCCUUACAUAUGUGGACAGGGAGUUUGUUACAACACAGCUGAGAGCUACACCUGCCACUGUGAUGAGGGAUACCACCUGGAUGACAGCCAAACCACCUGUGUUGAUAUUGAUGAGUGUGAAAACAAGACAGUGUGUCCUUCGGGUAUUUGCUACAAUGAGCCUGGAGGUCACAGCUGUGGUUCCUGUCGUCAUGGCUUUGUAGGGAAAGGAGGUCACUGCAUUGAUAUAGAUGAGUGCCAUGAUGAGCGUGUGUGUAUCAGAGGCCAUUGCCUGAACACUGAAGGCUCGUUUGUGUGUCAGUGUGGGCCUGGGUUCAGAGUGUCGUCAACAGGAGACCAGUGUUAUGAUGUGGAUGAGUGUCUGGAGGAGAGCUCUCCAUGUCAGGCUGUGGGCGAGUGUGUCAACAACAUGGGCUCCUACACCUGCACCUGCCCUCAGGGUUACAGAGGGAUCAAUGGCACCAGCUGUAUAGAUGUGGAUGAAUGUGUGGAAGAGACAGAGCUCUGCUCCCCUCAUGGUACAUGUCUCAACACCGAAGGCUCCUAUCUGUGUGUGUGUGACAGUGGCUUCACUGGCAGCCACCAUACGCCCUCUUGUGAUGACAUUGAUGAGUGUGGGCUCAAUGAGACACGAUGUGGGCCCCAUGGCUUCUGUGACAACAGGCUAGGCUCAUUCCAGUGUCUCUGUAACCAAGGCUACCAGGAGUCUCCGGAUGGCCAAUCCUGUGAGGAUGUGAACGAGUGUGAGCUGCCUGAGCAGUGUGUGUGGCGAAGCAAAGUGCAUGAACAUGGAUGGGUCCUUCAUCUGUGUAUGUCCUGAGGGCCAGGACUACAAUGUCAUGAUUGCCAAGUGUGAGCCCUCUCAAACAGGUAACC